UUCAGAAGCUUUAGAGGUCGCUCUUAUGCCCAUGAUUUUUUCAAUAAAUGAUUUUGAUGAGAUUUCUGGUGUGUUGUCAAUUGUUUGUGGCCUUGGUAUGUUUUGGCAGGAUUUUCGAUUGACUUGGACACCAAGCAACUAUGGUGACAUCGAAGAAAUCCCAGUUCCCAAGGAAAAAAUAUGGAUUCCUAAUAUCUUUUUGAUUGACCCAGCAAAUAAAAUGGAAGCCCUUGGAGAUGAAGACUUCUUGGGGAGAAUUUCUUACACCGGAACUACAAGAUGGAUACCUGCUGGUCUGAUUCAGACUCUUUGCAACGUUGAUAUGUAUAAAUUUCCAUUUGAUACACAAACUUGCUCAUUCACUUUAUCACCGUGGGGAUAUUAUCCAAAUGAAGUGAGAUUAAUCCCCUUGAAUGGUGUGACAGUCGCGGAUACGACGUACUACUCCCCGAAUGCCCAAUGGACAUUACAAAAGGCACUUAUGAAACGGGCUGUUCUCGAACAUUUUGAUAAUUUAAUUGAAAUUCGACUAAUUUUGAAGAGGAAAUCUCUUUAUUUCAUCAUAAACAUGUUAGCCCCUAUCCUUUUAUUGUCCUUACUCAACCCUCUAGUGUUUGCAUUACCAGUGGAAAGUGGAGAACGUGUAUCCUAUGCUAUAACCAUCUUCUUGUCAUUUGCCGUGUUUAUGACAUUGCUAAGUGACAAUAUCCCUAAAUCUUCAGAGCCAAUGUCUUUAAUGUCAUAUUUCUUAAUAAUAACAAUGUCGAUGAGCACACUUAUAAGCGUUCUGGCUGUUGUAACGAUGCGUUUUCAUUUCAGAGACCCUACUUUUCACGUCUCAAGUAAAAGUGUUUUUGUGCUAAAUGUGCUUCGACUCCGAUUCUUGCACGACAUCUGUGGAAAACGAAAAAAGAAGGCUAAAGUCGCUGACAAAUCUGCGGAACUGGAUGUAAGUUUUGAAAAGAAAUAUAUUGCUCCUAACGAAGAUGAGCAAGAUACUGAGGCAGAGAAGAAGGUAACUUGGAAGAUUUUAGCGGAGGGAUAUGACAGAGUGAUGAUGCACUAUUUUUACAUCUUUGUUUUCUUUCAGUGGUUUAUCCUAGUAAUAACAUUAACGUGAAGGAGGAUUGUUUCAACAUAUUUUGAAUGAAACAUUUAGACAUCAUGGUGGGAAUUUUCCUCUUCUUAUCUUUUGCUUUGUUUUGGAAAUUUAAA